AGGCUGCUUCGCGUGAUAUUGUGGAUCACUUUUUCAAGCUUUUAUCGUGGGAAAAUGUUUCUUUGUGACACUGAUUCAAACCCGAAAUGUGACAUUAAACAUGCAGCCAUGUUUGAGGCUUAUCAUGAGCGCGUGAAAGCCGCAGUCCUCUGGUUGUUCCCCCGCAGGUGGAUCUGGAAAAUGAAAUAGGUGUAUCGCUCUGCUCCAGUAUAAAUGAAGCUGUGCAGGUCUGUUCUGACACAACUCAAGGAGACUUCCCAAUCUGAUCCAGACAAAGAAAAACUUGAGAACUUAAAAAACUUAUCAAAAUGCUGAGCAGGAUUUUGAGUGUGUGUGUGUUUCUCGGCGUGUUCAGUGCAGGCUCGUCUCUGAGCUGCAGAUGGAUGGAUCAUAAAUUCCGACAGUUCAGUAAAGACUCGUUUGAUCUGCUGGAUACGAUGGCUAAUAACUCCACUAACAUCACUGAGGAUGCUGAGGCCAGGCACACUGUGGCCCUCCCUCAUGAGCUGUACAGCCAGGCGUCCAAAGCAGCAGCUGAGGAUAAAGUGAUUUUCACAGUUCAGAUCCUGGAUGAGACCAUGACCCUGUUCAGUAAGAACCACAGCGCUGCAUCCUGGGAGGAGAAGACAGUCGACAACUUCCUGGGUGUUGUGAGCCGGCAGGCUGACGGCCUUCGCUCCUGUAUCAGGAGUCACGGACACAAGAAGCACAACAAGAAGCUGCACAUGAGCUUCAAGAGGCUCACACAUGUCCUCCAACAGAAGGGUCACGGUGCUGAAGUCUGGGAGCUGAUCAGGAAGGAAAUCAAAUCUCGUCUGAUGAGAGUCGACCAGCUGAUUUCAUCUCUGCUCAACUGAAUCCUCUCACCUGUCA